AAGAACAUAACUUAAUGGAAUACGACGAGGAGUCUCCGGCUAUCAAUCGGUAUAACCUAUACGUUACAAAGUUCCUCUUCAUUUCAUUUAUAGCUAUUCAUCUUACCUUAUAAGGAAAAACUCAUUUAAUCAGUAAACGCUUCGUUAACUGCAUCUGAGGUAAAAUAUUUAAAUUAAAACAAUGUCUGAUCCUCGUAUAAGAACUCUAAAAAUUAAGACUGGAGUUGUGAAACGUCUCGCGAAAGAAAAAGUCACUUACGAGAAAGAAGCAGCACAGCAACGUGAAAGAAUACAAAAAUUAAAGGAACAGGAUAAAGAUGGUUAUGAUAUAAAAAAGCAAGAAGAAGUACUUCAAGAAUCUCUCAUGAUGAUACCAGAUUGUCAACGACGUCUUGUUAAAGCUUUUGAAGAACUUAAAAAAAUUUUGGACACAGAACAAGAUUUGAAAGAGGUUGAAGAUUAUAUAGAAGCAGAAAAGGUAUUGCAAGGAGCAGAAGCUCAACUUCCCAAAGAAGGAGAAAUUAUGGAGAUGUGUUAAAAAAGCAAAGCCUAUUGAGUUCUUUAAGACAUUGUCGAAAAUUGAAAGAACUAUAUUUUCAUGUAAGAUAAUAUAAGAUUUGUAAACGAGUUAAAAUAAUCAUUUCAUACGUAAAGGAAGUGAUAGUAUUAAGGUAUAUUAUAUUUUUUGAAAUUAAAUAACUUGAAAUUAAGAAAUUAAGUAACUCUGAACAAUUAUGUUUAAUAAUCAAAGUCGUUUAGAGGAUGCUACACAAAGUUGUAGGAAUUCAUGCUACAAUAUGUCUUAUCCAAUAGAUCAGUCCAUUUAUAAUGCCAAUUAUAAUAUGAAUGUAUAUCAAAAUAUUGUUUAUUCAGUUGCUAUAUCUGAUAAUGAGAAUGCUACAUCAGUAAUUAACUUAGGAAGACGACAAGCUGACGAAAGGGAUAUUGAAAAUUUUCUUCUAGAAACUGAUCAAUCUAAUAAUAUAAAUGACCAGAGAAAUACCUACAAAAAAUCUAAGAUUGCAAUAACUAAAAAUGCUAUAACAUCAGCAUACAAAUUAAAUGAGAAAUUAAAAGUAAUUUGUGCAGAGCUUAAAAAUAGCCAGCAUUUAACAGAAGAAGAAUGGCAACAGAAGAUAAGUAUCUGUAAUGCAGCAAAAGAAGAAAUUGUUAAAUUAUUAGAGCCUGUUAGGGAUCAGAAUUUUUGUAAUCAAUUAAAAAAAGACUUAGAAAGACGAAAGAAAAAAAGGUUGAGAGAAAAGAUGAAAAA